AUGCCUCUUUCUCGCAACUCGGAUUUUUUAAAUCUUCUGUUCGGCAGUGGUGUCAUCUCCGACCGCAAUAUGAACGUGGAGCGGGAUUUUGUUGACGAAAACGUUGAUAGAGACGAAGAUGGGGAUAAACAAGGGCUUCGGGCCACAGAACGCGACAUCCAAAAUGAUACAAAUGAUCUGGAGCAGGCUAACUCGAAGUCUGCCUUCAACUCGAAGAAAGCACUGUGGGCAUUUUUGGUGCUGUGCUAUUCGACUGGUCCAACGUCUUCCAUGGUCUCGAAUUACGUGACGGCGGCAAUCCUCUCCGCAGCCAAUCUCUUGGGACACCAGGCCGGAUCGGACAAACCAUGCCCACGCCGUGGAACAAACAUUAGCUGCCUGGUGAAAUUUGGUGGGGGAGAGAUUGAUUACAACAGCUACACAUUGUACCUCCGAUCGAUCAGUCGAGCCACGGAAGGCGUUGUGGCGAUUCUCACGGCCGGCUUGGCAGACUACGCCUAUUACCGCAAGACGAUGAUGAUGGUAUCGAUAUUUCUGUUUGGGACAUUGGCCUUGCCUUUUGCAGGGCUCACAGGUCAAACCUACAGCCAUCUGACCGCCCUAUCUGUAUUAUAUUGCUUUUUGACGACCAUCGGAGGCGUCUACACAGUGAUCGAAGGGUCAUACAUCCCAAUCUUCAUGCGAUCUGCGGGCUGGUUCCGUGACUCCCGCAUGGCAAGCAACCAGGGCGAGAGAAAUACGUGGAACAAAGGGGUCUCCAUCAGUGUUCUCGCAUUGGUUUCAAGCAAUAUCGGUGGCUUGACUGCCCUCAUCAUUGGCAUAAUUCUUGUUUAUGGACGGGGAUCCUACGUCCAGGUUGGGUAUUUCAAUUACCUUCUCGCUAUUACAAUCGGUGGCUGUAUCACAAUUCUGUUUGCUCUACUUGGCCAGUACCUUUUGCCGUCGGUACCUGGAAAAGAGCUUGACCGCACAAAAACCAGAUUCCCGUUGCUCGUUGCCUUCAGAAACUGGUUGAAAUUGCUCAAAAGUGCCACCCGCUAUUCCGAGGCAUUCAAGUUUUGCAUAGGAUGGGUUAUGUGGAACACUGGCUACUCUAACCACUUGCAGCUCAUCGGUGCACUCUUCCUGCAGGUCACUGGAUUUUCCCGAAGCUCCGGAGUAUACUCGGUCUGGUCGUUUACUAGCGUCAUAUUUGCCUGCAUGGGCAGUUUGAGCUUCAUGUAUCUCUACCCACGACUUCGAUUGCCCGUCAAAUCAUACGCGUAUGGUUUUCUCGUGGUAAAUAUUCUCUGUGUGCUAUGGGGCUGCAUCGGAAUCAGCGACCAUGUUACCAUCGGUUACAAACACCAAGCCGAGUUUUGGAUUGAGCAGGUCCUUUUCAUGUCCACCAGUAGUGCUCUUCGGGCGUAUAAUCGCGCAAUCUACUCUUCCAUGAUUCCGGAGAACUCCGAAGCGCAAUUCUUUGGGCUAGAGAUCACCUUGGAUCUCGCUACUGGAUGGAUAAAUCCCUUGGUAAUGGGUAUUAUCCAGGAUCGGACGCACAAUUUACGAUUCCCAAUGAUUCCAAACCUUUUAUUGAUGCUCGUUGGAUUGGGACUUUACUCGCAGGUGGAUAUUUCCCAGGGAAUUGAGCAGGCAAAGAUCCCUUUGAGUCAAUAG